AUGGGUGACGGGUCUGACUAUCCUAGCCCACGAAGUGAAGGUCCUAACGGCGCACUUGCUGCAUCUAUCCUCGCCUCUACCUCUGUCGCUGAUCCUUCGACUCCAAUUCCCAGAAUGAACGACCCCCAGCCUUUGACAUACAACCUUGAAGGAGCGCGCCCGCGUCUUUCUGUUCGACGCGCACGCGAUCCUCCCAAGAACUCUGAGGGCCAAAUCUUUUGCGACCAUCCUGAAUGCCAGUCUGCGCCUCCUACAUUCCGCCGUCCUUGCGAAUGGAACAAACAUAUGGACAAACAUGAUCGUCCUUACAAAUGUUAUGAACCGAACUGUGACAAGAUCCAAGGGUUCACCUAUUCUGGAGGCCUUUUGCGUCAUCAGCGUGAGGUUCACAAGAAAAACACCGAUACUAAAAAGGCCUUGAUGUGUCCAUACGCCGAUUGCAACCGCAGCACAGGCAAUGGUUUCACUCGCCAAGAGAACCUGAGGGAACAUCUUCGCCGCCGCCACAUGCACAAUGAUGAAGGCCCUUCAAUGGCUGAUAUGACUUGGGAACGCGCCGCCGAACUUGAGGGUGUUGAGGGUGUUCGUGCUCCAUCUUUGCCUGCCACUGGAAUGAAGCGCCGCCACGAUUCUCCUGUCGGAGAUCUACGUGACCUGCCCGAGAUUGAUGAGAAUGGAAACGAUUUGCACCACGAGGUUAAGCGACUCCGCCGCGAGGUUCAAGAGAAAGAUCGCCGUCUCGAGGAGUUGGAGCGAAUCGUCGCUGGGCUUCAACAGGCUAUUCCACAACACCCUCCCACAGCACCCGAGCUGCAGGAUCUGACCCAACCCGUUCCACAGCCUGCUGCUGCUCCUCCUGUCUAA